CCUCCUCGAACCCGAUCGCACCCGACCCGCAAAAGAACGAGACGGGUCGCAGUUGCAGCGCGACGCACAGCAGAAGCCGAAGAAGACGGUGACAGAGAGAGAGAGAGAGAGAGAGGAGAGAGGGAGAUGGAGGUGGAAGGGUCGUCGAAGAAGAUGAUCGCGACGCAGGAGGAGAUGGUGGAGGCGCGGGUGCCGCUGGCGUACCGGGACCAGUGCGCCCACCUCCUGAUCCCGCUCAACAAGUGCCGCCAGGCCGAGUACUACCUCCCCUGGAAGUGCGAGGGGGAGCGCCACUCCUACGAGAAGUGCGAGUACGAGCUCGUCAUGGAGCGCAUGCUCAAGAUGCAGAAGAUCCGCCAGGAGCAGGAGUCCCGCCUCAAGCAGCACCACCCGGGCGGCCUCCAGCAGCCCGCCGUCCCCCUCAUCCCCAAGCCCGCCAACGCUUAGAGCUCCUCCUCCUCCUCCUUCAUUUCUUUCUUCUUCUCAAAGGGAGUUCGAGCAUGGAUGCUUUUGGUGGAAAAGCUACUUCGUUUAUCUAAUCAUUGUUCGUUGAGACUAAUAUGCUUGAGCAUAAUUGCAAGGAAUAUUGGUACCUUCAUCCUCUCUGAGUUUUGCUACUUUUGUCUCAAGUUGUGGAAUAAAAGGAAAAUUAAUUGCGAUUGUACAUUAACUGGUUGGAGUCUUUUCUUGGGGUCAGCAUUUUGUCUUUCUGGACCUCCAUGGAAAUAAUAUUUGGAAGACUUGGUUGUCUUGUGUCUCCGCUAAGGUGACAAUGGUAUCUGGGUAUCUCAUAUUUGAUUA